UCUCUCUCUCUCUCUCACUUGUUGGGUGGGAAAAUAGAAGAAAGAAGCAAAAAAUGGCUAGGAAAAUAUAUGAAAUGUGGAGAGAAAUGAAGGCUAUAACGGCAAUGGUGGUGGUUCAGAUAGCAACAGCAGUGUUGAACAUUUUGUUCAAGCUUGCGGUGGUAGAUGGUAUGGAGCCAAGAGUUCUCGUGGCUUAUCGUCUCUUCUUCGCUACACUUUUCAUGCUUCCGCUUUCUUUCAUCUUUCAAAGGAAGAAGAGGCCAGAGUUUACAUGGAAUCUUCUAUUACUAGCACUUCUCUCGGGGAUACUGGGUUCGGUGUUACCGAGUACCUUCACCAUUACUGGUCUGGCUCUAACGUCAGCAACAUUCGCUUCUGCUGCUGCCGUUCUCACUCCCUUGAUCACUUUCGUAUUGGCUGCGUUUCUUAGGAUGGAGAGUGUACGGUUUGGAACAAGAGAAGGGAAGGCUAAAGUUGUUGGGACACUCUUUGGUGUUGGUGGAGCUCUUGUCUUUAUAUUCUACAGAGGAAGUGAUAUUCAUAUGUGGUCAACGAACAUUGACCUAAUGAACAAAUCACAUGACCCCUCACGUGAUGCUACCUCCCACCAUAUUUCUAUCCUCGGGGCUCUUUUAGUUUUUGGUGGCAACUUUUCCUACGCAUUUUGGCUAUUAUUGCAGGUGAAAGUAAGCAAACAAUUUGGAGGGGCUUAUUGGAACGCGACGCUAAUGAACCUGACGGGAAGCGUUGUAGCUAUUAUUAUCGCUCUUUGCUGGAAUUGCGAUUUGAACGAAUGGAAAUUAGGAUGGAAUAUCAGGCUCUUUACGAUUGCUUAUGCGUCAGUUGUGAUGUCCGGAAUGGUGAUAGCAGUCAACGCAUGGUGCGUCGAAUCUAGAGGACCCUUAUUUGUAUCGGUAUUUAGCCCUGUAGCACUUGUCCUCGUAGCUCUUGUUGGAUCAUUUAUUCUAAACGAAACACUUCACGUGGGGAGCAUAAUUGGUACAGUGAUUAUCGUGGGAGGAUUAUACCUUGUGCUAUGGGGUAAGAACAAAGAAAUGAAGAGUAUCACCCCAACCUCGGAUUUUAUUGAAACAAAUAAGACUACUAGCAAAGACAUCUCUCUCAACAAUCUCCCAACAUUAAGUACAAAUGUCCCUUGAAUAAAAAUACAAAUACAAACCAACAAUUACCUUUUUACCUGUUCUAGGCUUUAGCUAGUAUGAAAUAUUAAUUUUUCUAUGUAUGUUAUAUGUGAUGAAGAA